AUGGAUGGAUGGAUGGACGGAUGGGCGAGCGAGCGCAAAGUGACGGGACGUGGAUUCAGCUCCGGAGGGGCGUGUCUCUAUGCAGUACAGCUCCAAGAGACAACAAGAAUAGCAAAGGGGAGAGCAACACGAGGGUUAAACGGGAACAGCGACGAGGCCCUGACUGAAGACGACGAAGCAGACGUAACCCACCAGAAAUGUUGCCGCAAACGAGCCUGUGUAGUGUGCGUGCGUGCGCACCAUCGACCGGAUGUGGACGACAACAAGGAUCUGGACGGUCUCAGUCGCCGUCGCCCAUCUCGCGCGCUCAUCCUUUUCCCUGUCCAAUUUGACUGGGGCACGCGGGAGCAACAAGCCUCAUCCCUAUCCCCAUCCCCAUCCAUCAUCCAUCUCCUCAGUCCCUGCGCUGCUGCUGCGUGGCUGGCCCAGAUCGGGAACGGGGCGUGUGGGAGGUUGGAUGCCCAGGACGCCCCAAGACGCCCUACGGCCUACGGCACGCAAAUCACUCCCACGCCUCGUUUCUUUUUUCUCGUCGUCCCUUGGGUCUGGAUCUGGUCUGGGUCCAACUGGAUCACCUCAGUGGCCGAUGCCUUUGAGUCUGCGUCUGCGUCGGUGUCUGUGGCGGUGGUGCCAGAGCCGCAUGUAUCCCAGCCACCAGCUCAGUGGGCUUGCUUGGGCUUGCUGGAUGAGGCUGUCCGCCUGUCUGUCUACCCCGUGGCGCGAACCGGCUGGACUAUGUUUCUCCUCUCCCCUGGAGGCGGCGUGCAACCGUGCAACGGGGGGCGGCGGCGUCAGAAGGCGCCCGCGAGUUGGACGACAAGAACUGCAAUGGUGGUGGUGGUAGCGAUGAUGAUGAUGGAGGUGUCUGAAGCGCAAGCGCAAGCGGGAGCUGAGUGUGUGUUGCGUGCCCCCCUAAAACGACUCAAAGUCAUAUUCGUCCAUACGCACGCCAGGACCUGGGGAAAACGCCAUGGGCAUAAGCUUGCCAAUUAUGACUAG